AUGGGGGCUGUGCGGUCUGUCUCCGUACCACCUUUCGCCGAAUCCGUCAGCGAAGGUGAUAUUGUAUGGAAGAAAGCGGUUGGAGAUCAAGUACGAGUAGACGAGGUCGUUGCAGAAAUCGAAACCGAUAAGACGAAUGUGCCGGUGCCUGCUCCGUUCGCCGGUGUGGUUACUGAACUCCUGGUUGAGGACGGAGGCAAAGUUGUUCCAGGUCAAGAAAUUUUCAAGGUUGAUGAUGCUGCUGCCGUAGAGGGUGCUGUCAAAGAAAAAGCGGCUGACCAAGCACCUACUGCGAAGAGUUCACCAUCACCACCCAAAAGCUCUGAACAAGCACCGAAAGAGCCCCGUGCAGCGCAAGAACAACCUAAACCGGCUCCAAAAUCUGCGGAGGCACAACAACUUGCGGUUCCUCCUGGUUUGAGCACUGCAUCAUUUACUGGAGAACGAGGAGAACAACGUGUCAAGAUGUCGCGGAUGCGUCUACGUAUAUCACAAAGGCUAAAGGAUGCGCAGAACACAUGUGCUAUGUUGACCACAUUCAAUGAGAUCGACCUUUCCAACUUAUUAGAGCUACGAAAUUCAUACAAGGAGGUUUUUCAAAAGAAGCAUGGUGUCAAAUUGGGCAUGAUGUCCACGUUUGCCAAAGCCUCAGCCGUAGCUCUACAAGACCAACCUGCGGUAAACGCUGUAAUUGACGGUGGAGAUAUUAUUUAUCGAGAUUAUAUCGACAUCAGUAUAGCAGUGGCUACUCCAAAGGGACUUGUGGUACCUGUAGUAAGAAAUGUGGAUAAAAUGAACUACUUCGAAAUUGAGAAAGAGAUUUACGAUCUUGGUCAAAAAGCUCGGCAGGGUACGUUGGCGGUUGAAGACAUGGAUGGUGGAACAUUCACAAUCAGCAACGGUGGUGUAUAUGGGUCCUUAUUUGGGACUCCAAUAAUUAAUCCACCACAAUCAGCAAUACUCGGUCUCUACGGAGUUUUCGACCGACCAGUGGCACACAAAGGCCAGGUUGUUAUACGACCGAUGAUGUAUGUAGCACUCACCUACGACCAUCGAUUAAUUGAUGGACGUGAGGCGGUUACAUUCUUGCGGAAAGUCAAGCAAUUUGUGGAAGAUCCUCGGACUUACUUCCUUCAAAUUUAA